GCCUCGUUUGCGCAUUGCUUGAUCGUAUCCCCUCAGGCUGCAGAAACAGGCCGUCAGACCACUGUCGCUUGAUUUCCAGUGUGUCAUUACCAUUGAACCAGAACUCACUCAACACUUUCCCAAGCCACACAUUACCUACCAUGGCGAACCCAUCUCAGCACGGCUGUGGUGUAGUCUCGGUAGCACCGACGUCAGCCGACUUGGAGUUGGCUCCCAUUCCGGACCCCGCACCGGUCACGACUGCCCCCGCUCCGACCGGCCCCACCCCGUCAAAAGACGCGGACCCUUUCCUGGUUACCUUUGCACAGCCGCAUGACGCCGAGAAUCCUCUCGACUGGCCCGCGGGUCGAAAGUGGAUGGUUACCGACGUGCUAUCGGCUACGGGUUUCAAUCGCAUCAUGGUGUCAACAAUCAUGGCACCCGCCUUGACAAACAUUGCGGCGGAGCUCGACAUGACCUCCACUGAGUCCGCCAUGGCUUUGUCCAUCUACCUCCUCGCCACCGCCUUUGGCCCCCUCGUAAUGGGACCAUUGUCCGAGAUCUACGGUCGGCAGAUCGUCCUCCAUACCUCAAGCGUGUGGUUUCUCAUCUGGAACGUGCUCUGUGGGUUCGCAAACACCAAGGGAACGCUCAUUGCGGCUCGCUUUCUGGCUGGCUUCGGCGCUAGUUCUAUCUAUGCCCUCGGAGGAGGAGUUCUCGGCGACAUCUGGCGUCCUGAACAGAGAGGCCAGUCUCUUGGGUUCUAUCUUCUCAUACCUCUCCUGGGCGCAGCCGUUGGCCCAAUCAUCGGCGGCUUCAUCGCGGCGCGUACGACAUGGCGAUGGAUGUUCUGGUCUACUUCCAUAUUCCAAGCCGCCAUGAUAGUCGUCUCCUUCUUCAGCUUCCCAGAGUGCUACGCUCCGCUCAUCCUACGCCGGCGGGCUGCUCGUCUCCGCAAGGAAACCGGCGAUACGAGAUAUUACACGUUCAACGAGAGAAUAGACGCUGGCAAGUCCACUUUGGCGGUCAUCAGAAACUCCCUCACACGACCCCUUCGACUGCUGCUCUUCCAUCCAAUCAUUCAGGUGUCGGCCGUCCUGUCAGGAUUCAACUAUGGUAUCUUGUAUGUCACGCUGUCGACCUUUGCGGACAUCUGGAAACAGCAGUACGGCCAGUCUGUGGAGAUUAGCGGACUGCAUUACAUCGCCUGCUCUUUCGGCGAGCUCGUUGGGUCCCAAUUGGGUGGACUGAUGAUGGACCGCUUGUACAAGCGUCGAGACCAACCUACACCAGAGUCUCGAGUCAUGCUCGCAUUCUUUGGUAUUGUUCCGGCCUGGCUGGGUACUCUGUUUUACGGUUGGACAGCACAGUAUCGCCUCUACUGGCUAAUCGUCGAUGUCGGAGUUGUUGUCAUGAUGUUUGGCAUGCAGCUAAGUGGAAUGCCUAUGACGGCUUACGUGAUCGACGCAUACGCAGAGCAUACUAGCAGUGCUAUGGCAGCGAUUCAGUUUGUCAAGAGCUUGACUGCUUUCUUGUUCCCGCUGUUCGCCCCGAGCAUGUAUCACGCACUCGGAUAUGGCUGGGCCAAUACUUUGAUGGCCCUGGUGGGCGCAAUGCUUGCUGUCCCCCAUCCCAUUCUUAUCUGGAAGAAGGGAGCCCGGCUGAGAGCUAGGGCGAUUUCGACGUACUGAGCAGUAUCCUUAUACCGUAGACUUCGAGCCACCUGUGUGGGCAAUUAGUAAUAGGAGCUGUCAUUGUAGGAGUAAUAGCAGUAAUAGGAACAAGAGAAAGAAAGCCCAGGUUGAUAUUGAGCGGUCAAUUGUUGCGCUAUCUAAGGUACUUGGUAAAAAGAAAUGGCUCAAGAAGCACAACAUUACCUGCCUCGCGUACCUGCCUCACCUAACCAUGCCUUUCUUUUUCUAUCCACCUACCUACCUUACACAAACGCAUCUGACUUCGUCCUCUUCAACCUCUAUGAGAAUAUUCCAACAAAAUCAAUGAACGGGGAGAAAGCACAUCCAGCUAAACUACCCAAGUAAGUGCGACGAAUGGCAAACUCCUUCGAUGAUUAACU